AUGGCCUGGUUACGAAGGGUGUUUAACGGCCUCCGCAGCUAUUCUGUAGCCGCAGCGGCACCCGAGUCGGUUGUUCGACAGACUCUGAAGCCGCUAGACUCGCGCAAGACAUAUUUGGUUGACCAGUACACCCACCUGCUGCGGUCAAACGCUGUGAUGCUUAUUCUGCAUAACCCGACGCUUUUGAAGGCCGAGAACCAGCAGCUGCGCAAUGAUAUCCGCAAGGCCGGAGGCACUUUGACGGUAGUGCGUUCUCGUGUUUUCAAAGCUACUCUCCGUGGCAUUGAUCAUGCCGACCCUGCUUCGGUUGAAGCCCACAAGGAGUUUGCCCGAGCCAAGAACCCGCUCAUGGACCUGUUUGAUGGUCCCUCUGCGGUCGUCACAAUUCCCAAUCUCGACCCCAAGGCGGUCGACAAAGUUGUUUCCCUGAUUGAUAAGACCAGAAUGGUUGUGCUGGGUGGCCGGGUUGAUGGUAGCCAGAUCUCUGUCUCUCAGGUCCAAAAUCUUCGCAAGAUGCCUUCGCUUGAAGAGCUGCGGGCUCAGCUUGCCGGUGUGCUCACUGUGCUCGGCGGUGCUGGCCUGGUCAACACCCUACAGGCAAGCUCCAACAUGUUGUAUCUCACACUGGAUCAGCACCGUAAAACACUGGAGGAGCCUGAAAAUAAGUAA